AUGUCCCAUGUACCACAAAACGUCCGAGAAAACCUCCCCUUUCUCAGUCAUAACCCAACCCAGAAUAACCAUCAUAUUACAAUUUACGACCUCAAAAUGAUCAACAUUAUUCAAAAGGUUCUCUCCAAGCUAGAUACGCCGCACCCGGCAAGCGCUAAUCACGACGUGCAGUUUCGACUUCGACAUCAACUUCAGCAACUCAAGAACGAGACUUUGCUAAUGGUGGCGGAGAAUCCAUCCUCAUAUCCUUCUGACCAAAUCUCCGGGACCUGGUCGUGUGACAAAUGCUCCCACACGAAUCAUAUCGUUGUUCUACCAGGCGAGCAUCCACUAGGCUACUUGGUAUGCGGCGGUUGCUCCCAUAUCCUCUGCUCUACUUGCAUAACCUCCAAAAUCAUCGAGCCAUGGUUUAACUCCGGCUCUGAUUUGCGUAAAGACCAUGGGAGGGGGGAGUCGACUACUGACCUUCCUAUCGCGCAUGCCUUCGAGCAUGCAGACAUGGUUCAUUGGUGCUGGAUCCAGAAGUGUGUAUGUGGUGCGCGCUCUAGGUCGUGGAAGAAGUGGGCCGCGUAUCUGAUUAGCGGCGGUAAGGCUAGUCCAGCGUACCAUCAAGCGUACGCUUGUACAGAGCCAUUCCGAUGCACCGGUGGGCUGUAA